AUGAAUAAUGGGGAAGGAAAGGAGUCGACUAGUGACUCGGGCAGUUUUGUCGGAAAAUUUGAAGCGAUUCUUCAUACGUUGUUCGAGGAGUACGGGAAAAAAUCAUCCCGUCCGAAAAGUUUGUCAGAAGAUCAGAAAAAUAUCGCUCGUUGCCUACAAGAACUUGUCAGUACUGGGGAACUGAAGAUUGACAAUGCAGCCUCCGAAACAACAUCAUUAUGUGACGGGUUCAUCGGCGACUGGGAGUCUACCGGCAUUAAGUCAGCAGCUGUACAGCAGCUUAUUGCGCUGCUUAACCGCCCGCAUGUUCGGGGUGUGUUAAUCAGCGCAGAAGAUAUUUCAUCUAAUCGAUAUCUGCCAAGAUUGCCAUCUGUUCCUUUCGAAGUUGACGAAGACGAGGGAAUUGUUGUCAAAGUUGUGCGAAUCGUGAAACGAGACGAAACACUAGGAGCAACAAUAAGAAACGAUCACGGUAAAAUUUAUAUCGCUCGAUUAAUCGCUGGUGGUGUAGCGGCACGGAGUGGCUGUAUUCAGGAAGGUGAUCGAAUUUUGGAAGUGAAUGGUCUGCCUGCUUCUGAUCUUUCCGUGGACGAUGUGGCUCGGAUUUUGAAUCGGGUAGACAAGGGUAGUGUAUCGUUGAAGUUGGUUCCUGCCGAUAUGUCAACACGGACUGAGAACGGGACUCCACAUGUUUACCUGCGCGCUUUAUUCGAUUACAAAGGCAAAGAAGAUAGUCGGCAUCCUUGUCCUGAAGUGGCGCUUUCCUUUAACAUAGGUGAUAUCCUAGAACUCUUAGCAUGUAAUGAUGAUCACUGGUGGCAGGCACGACGUAUUGGAAAUGGUGCUUUUGCCAGCCUUGAGGAUGGAAAAGCAUCGUCGCGCAUAGGGAUUAUACCUUCUGAAGCGCUACAGCUCACGAAAAAAGUGUCAGAAAGUGAACAAAAGCCGACUGAUGGUCAAGGAUCGAGCCGAUCCGGAAGUAAUCACGAGACAGAUAUCUACGAGUCUGUAUGUCGACUAUUUCCACGAACUGGUAUUUCUAGAACGAUAGUCCUUGUAGGACCACCAGGAGUUGGGAGGAAUGAAUUAAAACGUCGCUUAUUGUCCCGGUAUCCGCGACGAUUCACCACGACCGUUCCACAUACGACUAGACCUAAGAGAACUGGAGAAGUGGAAGGUGUGGACUAUUAUUUCACCGAAAGAUCGGUCAUGGAGAAAAUGAUCUACUCUGGACAAAUGCUCGAAUUUGGAGAGUUUCGGGGGAACCUCUAUGGAACUGCACUAUGUUCUGUGCGGGAUGCUCAACAGGCUGGAAUUCCAUUGAUAACUCCUCACCCACUGGCGCUUCAACUACUAAGGACACAUGAGUUCUUGCCUUUCAUUGUAUUCAUUCAACCGCCUGAUGCAGCCACCUUUAAGAAUACUCGAGGAGUGAAUGCAUCUCUUCCACGUGGCUCCUCUGGGCAGUCGAAAAGAACCAGUAUAACAAGAAUGUUUUCGGAUGCAGAAAUACAACAGAUUAUCGAUGGUGGAACGAUGCUUUACAAACAAUAUGGUCAUCUUUUCGACGCUACUAUCACUAAUAAGGAUCUCGAAGAAAGCACCACACAACUCAUUCACCUGAUCAAUGAACUAGAGACAAAACCAUCGUGGGUGCCGCUCAGUUGGGCAACAAACCUCUGCUCAGAAUGA